GAGAUAACAAUACUCAUCGGUGAGUAAGUAUACGUACAGUUUCCACUAUGAAUUGUAUUUCACAGUAGCGUGGCUCACACCUUAAAACUGCCUGUGUAUGAAGCAGCUCUUUGCGGCAAAGUUUCUACCGGAUUUUGCAGGCUCAGAUGUAGGCUAACAUGGAGAUCGACCGCGGGAUCUUCGUUAUCCUUGGUUUAGAAUUCCUUCACUACAUCAGCGAUGCACACGCUCAGUAUUAUAAUUCCUAUCCAGAUUUGGAGAGCACCUGCAAUCAAACCCUGAAGAUGGAGUGCCCGUUUUUGUACACUGAUAAAGCCGGUACACUCCGCUAUUACUUUAUAUCGAACCUACCGACGGGACUAUGUUACUUCAAUGUAACAUUACCUCCCGACUGCGGGAUGGCGGAUGACGUUUUUGCCUUUUACAUCAAUAUUCGGAAAUUUGUCUUACCGACUGCCGAUUCUGUGCGAAUAUAUCAAACUAAUCACGUAGCACCGCGAGUUCUUCUCAAAGAGUUAACCGGCUCAUUAUACGCGCGCCCCAGUCCUGCCUCGGUUGCACAAGCUCUGACAUCCUACGCGAAGCAGCCAUCCUUCUCCUUGGAAUAUUUCCGCAGUACAUUCAAUUCUACACGAGAGCACGAAGCUUAUAUCGACUUCGUUGUCGUCGAAGGCAGAGCACAUAUAAUGUACACGCACUGCACAGCUUUAUCGGGUUAUGUGUACAAUAAAUUGAUCUGUGAUACGGAUGGAACGAAUGAACGCGUCAACUGUCCAGCCAGCUUUACUCCCGUUGUGUACACAACGAAUCCGGCCUACUCGCGACAAUCAUGUGCGCCCGGUGCAGCUGCGGCGACCGACUUUAAUCCGAAUCCUGGUGAUGGUACGCAGAUGGCCUCCGAUGACGAUUCUGACAUCACUUUAAGCAACACCGCCAUUAUCGGAAUUGUCGCGGGAAGCGUAUUUUUGGUCGUCGUCCUAAUUGCCAUCGUUUCCGUUGCCCGUCGUGCCAUUCGACGGAGAUCACGCGAGCGAGCCGAGAUCGCACCUCCAGAUGACAUCGAGCUCGCCAAUAUGCCCGGUGCUGCUGCGGAGACCAUUCAACCUCUUUUGAGGCAGCCGCCGCCUGCGUAUAGGGAGCGUCCUCCGUCGGGGCCCCCUUCGUAUAGGGAGAUUGAGACAUCCUUUAUGGAAGGGCCGCCUUCGUACAGGGAGCAUGCGCCAUCUUUUAGGGGCGGACCACCUUUGUUCAGGGAUCCUACUAUACCUUUUAUGGAAGAACCGCCUCCGUAUUCCGAAGUUGCCACACCGUCGGCGCAAGUCGACACUCCUUUGCUUCAACCUCCAACUCAGAUUGAAGCUGCUGAAGCCUGGAACAGUUCCGAAUAACGAAUAUCUCCAUGUGACCACCAGCAUCACAAGUUCUAACCAAAAGCCCUCAAGAUUGCUCUUUCGUACGUCGUAUUAUAGAUUUUGAAAAUUCAGGUCUACGUCGACUGUGGUUAUGUGAUGUUAAUAUUGUUAAGGGCUCCGACGGUCUCAUUUGUUACUUUAUUCGGCCAAAAGCUGACUGUUGCCACUUGCCAAAAACGAUGCAACGGAGGAAAAGUUGUUUGUUUGUUUUGUUAAGUUUGUUACA